GGAAUAUACUCGUACAAUUUGUGGGGCACAGCAACACUCAUGUUUUCCAACGUCUGUAGGUAUUAAUUUCGAUCGCGACCAGGCUAGCUCUUCAGCCUCGCCCGUUUCUUGGACGAAUCAACAUUCGACUGACGACUGACGACUGACUUUCCUUUGCGACAUCGUAUCUACACUACCGCCGCAGCUCCGCUUCCGGAACGCUUUCCAUCCCGCGCUGCGAUUCUAGUACGAGAAGAACGCCCGCCUCGCGCCCCGUCGAGAUGGAGUCCUCGCGCGGCCCCCCGCGGGUCAAGAACAAGGCGGCGGCGCCGGUGCAGAUCUCGGCCGAGCAGCUGCUGCGGGAGGCGGUGGACCGGCAGGAGACGUCGCUGCAGGCGCCGACGCAGCGGUUCGGCGACCUCGAGGAGCUGCACGAGUUCCAGGGCCGGAAGCGGCGCGAGUUCGAGGACUACGUCCGCCGCAACCGCGUCAACAUGAACAACUGGAUGCGCUACGCCGCCUGGGAGCUCGAGCAGAAGGAGUUCAAGCGCGCCCGCUCCAUCUUCGAGCGCGCCCUCGACGUCGAGCCCACCUCCGUCGUCCUCUGGAUCCGCUACGUCGAGGCCGAGAUGAAGAACCGCAACAUCAACCACUCCCGCAACCUCCUCGACCGCGCCGUCACCCUCCUCCCCCGCGUCGACAAGCUCUGGUACAAGUACGUCUACAUGGAGGAGAUGCUCGGCAACAUCCCCGGCACCCGCCAGGUCUUCGAGCGGUGGAUGUCUUGGGAGCCCGACGAGGCCGCCUGGGGCGCCUACAUCAAGCUCGAGAAGCGGUACGGCGAAUACCAGCGAGCGAGGGACAUAUUCGCCCGCUUCACCCUGGUGCAUCCCGAGCCGCGCAACUGGAUCAAGUGGGCCAGGUUCGAGGAGGAGUACGGCACGAGCGACCUGGUCAGGGAGGUGUUCGGCGGUGCCGUCGAGGCGCUGGGCGACGAAUUCGUCGACGAGAGGCUCUUCAUCGCCUACGCCCGGUUCGAGACGAAGCUUAAGGAACUCGAGCGUGCCCGGGCCAUCUACAAAUAUGCGUUGGAUCGCCUGCCCCGGUCCAAGUCUAUGGGUCUGCACAAGGCUUACACGACCUUUGAGAAGCAGUACGGCGACAGGGACGGCGUCGAAGAUGUCAUCCUGUCGAAGAGGAGGCGGCUCUACGAAGACCAGAUCAAGGAGAACCCCAAGAACUACGAGAUAUGGUUUGAUUUUGCUAGGCUAGAGGAGGCCUCGGGCGACCUCGACCGGGUUAGGGACGUGUACGAGCGAGCGGUGGCGCAGAUCCCGCCCACCCAGGAAAAGAGGCAUUGGCGCCGGUAUAUCUAUCUGUGGAUAUUCUACGCCAUCUGGGAGGAGAUGGAGGCCAAGGACAUCGACCGGGCACGGCAAAUCUACAAGUUGUGCCUCGAGCUGAUCCCCCACAAGAAGUUCACGUUCGCCAAGAUCUGGCUGCUUAGGGCGCAGUUCGAGAUUCGGCAGGGCGAGCUGAGCGCGGCGCGCAAGAUACUCGGCCAAGCCAUCGGCAUGUGCCCGAAGGACAAGCUAUUCAAGGGCUACAUCGAGCUAGAACUAAAGCUGUUCGAAUUUGUGCGAUGUAGAACCCUGUACGAGAAGCACAUCGAGUGGAAUCCGGCCAACUGCCAGACCUGGAUCAAGUUCGCCGAGCUCGAGAGAGGGCUGGACGACCUGGACAGGACCCGGGCCAUCUUCGAGCUCGCCAUCCGCCAGCCGGUCCUGGACAUGCCGGAGCUGCUGUGGAAGGCGUACAUCGACUUCGAGGAGGAGGAGGGCGAGUACGACAAGACGCGCGACCUGUACGAGAGGCUGCUGGAGAAGACGGACCACGUCAAGGUCUGGAUCAGCUACGCGCACUUCGAGAUCAACAUCCCGGAAGAUGAGGAGGAGGCGGCGGCGGUUGGCGAGGGAGAGGAGGAGCGGCCGGUCAGCGAGGAGGCCAAGGCGAGGGCGCGCAGCGUGUUCGAGCGCGCCCACAAGCACAUGAAGGACAAGGACCUCAAGGAGGAGAGGGUGUCGCUGCUCAACGCGUGGUUGUCGUUCGAGCGCACGCACGGGUCGGCGGAGGAGGUGGACAAGGUGCAGAAGCAGAUGCCGCGGCGGACGAAGCGCCGGCGCAAGCUCGAGGACGACACGUACGAGGAGUACAUCGACUACGUCUUCCCCGCCGACGACGAGCAGAAGCAGGAUUUAUCCAAGAUGCUGGCCAUGGCGCAGGCCUGGAAGCAGGGCGGCGGGUUGGUCGGCGGAUCCAACUGAUCGCGUUUUACUGCCCUCGCUGCCACCGCUACUUAUCGUUGCUAUUGCUACCGUGUGUAUAGUACUGGGGGUAGCGGAAGGGGCCGAUAUGUGUCGAUGAUUCGAUGCUGUGCCGUAUAUGGAAAAAAGAA